UCUCUCUCUGGGGCUGGAGCUGUCUUAUUGACAGAUGAUAUCCCUUAUUCAGCCACCCUCCGGUUCCUCCCUUCGGGGUCCCGAACCAGCUUCGAGCUGAGGUCCGGUACCCUUUGGCUCUGUGGCUAAAGUCCUCGCCCUGCUACUUUAACCCCGCGUUUCAACGGAGAGAUUUCAUUUUCAGAACAACGAAGCUCAAGAUUCGGACCCAGAUACUCAGGCGCCAGUGACAGCUCCCGAUAUUAUUGGAGUUAAAUCUGUAAUGUAAACCAGAUGUAAGGACACCAUGACUGCCACACAAUCCUUUGACGCUAUUAAAAGGCAAAACAAGAAUUCUGCAAAUGGAGUUGGUCCUAGUGAAAAGGAACAACUGGGGCAAUGGGGCAGAGCCUGGGAGGUGGAUUGGUUUUCCCUUGUAUCUGUCUUCUUUCUUCUCCUCUGUGCUCCAAUGAUUGUGUUCUACUUUGUGAUGUCCUGUGAUCAGUACAAGUGUGCUCUCUCUGGUCCUGUCAUUGACCUGUACUCUGGAAAGUCAAGUGUCAGUGACACCUGGAGCCGUGCUCCAUCAUUCAGCUGGACAGCGGCAAAAAUCUACACAGCCUGGGUCUGUUUUCAAGUGUUUUUGUACAUGUGUGCCCCUGAUAUUUGUCACAAGUUGAUACCGGGCUAUGUUGGUGGAGUACAAGAUGGAGCAUGCACACCUGCAGGUCUAAUCAAUAAAUAUGAGGUCAAUGGACUACAAGCAUGGAUUAUUACCCACAUGCUCUGGUUUGCUAAUGCCAACUAUUUUCACUGGUUUUCUCCCACAAUCCUAUUUGAUCAUUGGAUUCCUCUGUUGUGGUGUGCCAACAUCCUGGGUUAUACUGUGGCAACAUUUGCUAUGAUGAAGGCAUACUUCUUUCCCAGUAAUGCAAAUGACUGCAAGUUCACUGGAAAUUUCUUCUACGAUUACAUGAUGGGAAUUGAGUUUAAUCCACGGAUAGGAGCAUGGUUUGACUUCAAGCUAUUCUUUAAUGGUCGUCCUGGUAUUGUGGCAUGGACUCUCAUUAACCUUUCCUUUGCUGCCAAGCAGCAAGAGCUGUACGGUCAAGUGACAAAUUCCAUGAUCUUGGUGAAUGUGCUGCAGGCCAUUUAUGUGCUGGAUUUCUUCUGGAAUGAAGCCUGGUAUCUGAAGACAAUUGAUAUUUGCCAUGACCAUUUUGGCUGGUACCUGGGUUGGGGAGACUGUGUCUGGCUGCCAUAUCUUUACACUCUGCAGGGCCUGUACCUAGUCUACAACCCAGUGCAACUUUCAACUCCCAGUGCAAUAGGAAUCCUACUCCUGGGUCUGAUUGGCUACUAUAUCUUCAGAAUGACAAACCACCAGAAAGACCUCUUCAGGCGCACAGAUGGGAAUUGUAAGAUUUGGGGCAAGAAGCCUGAAUACAUUGAAUGCUCCUAUUUAUCCAAUGAUGGUAAAAAGCAUCACAGUAAGCUGAUGAUCUCUGGGUUUUGGGGCCUGGCUCGCCACUUUAACUACACAGGGGAUCUCAUGGGCUCACUAUCCUACUGCUUGGCUUGUGGGUUUGGACACCUCCUGCCUUAUUUCUAUAUCAUCUACAUGUCAAUCUUGCUGGUCCAUCGUUGUAUUAGGGAUGAACAUCGCUGCUCAAGUAAGUAUGGUAAGGACUGGAAACAUUAUACUGAUGCAGUGCCUUAUCGCCUGUUGCCAGGUGUCUUUUAGAAUGGUUCCUGUCAUCGUUGUACAGUUUUCAGAAGCCUGGCUUACUUCAGUCAAUGAAAAGUUUGCAUCACAAAUUCUGAUUCACAAGUAAAUAUUUUCAUGGGCAUAACAGAUGAAGCAUUAUGGGUUCUGAAUAUAACAGAAAUCUGAUCACAUUCGUAAAAGCGACCUAUCCAAUUUUAACAAACUUACCUGGGCUUCCUGUGUAAACUGACCAAAGUUAGACCAAAGUCUAACCAUUGAUGUAUUAGAAAGGUGUUGCCUGAAUGGACAUUAAAUUUCUCCAAAUCAAUGGAUGGAAGUGAUAAAUACCAGCACAAGCCGAGUGCCUGACCUUUUGGUUUUCACCUGUCCUAAUUAUUUCUUGUAAUUUCAUUUUUAAAAUGCUGCUUUGGGUAUGAUCCCCAAAUAGAAUGAUGGAAUUUCAAUUUCUGCAAGAGAUAUAGGCUUAACAUUUUGCUCCUGUGCAGCUUUAGCACAGUUGGCAAACCAUUCAUUUUAAACGAGUUAAUGAUUACAGACAAGUCAAAAAACUUGUAAAAAUCACCUUUCAUGACAUCCUGAUGUUCAAGUACUUUGUGGGUAUUGAAGUACAUUUGACGUGAAAUCACGCUUUCAAUUUUAAAAAUGCAGCACCCAAUUAGCAACAAACUCUCCUCAACAUUAUGUUGGUCCUGAUAGAGUCAUAGAGAGUUCAGCAUGGAAACUGACCCUUUAGUCCAACUUUCCAUGCUGACCAGAUAUCCUAGAUUAAUCUAGAUCCGUUUGCCAGCAUUUGGCCCAUAUUCCUCCAAAUCCUUCCGCUUCGUAUACCCAUGCAGACGCCUCCACCAUCUGCUCUGGCAGUUCAUUCCAUGCACGCUCAACCAUCUGUGUGAUAAAGUUGCUCCUUAGGUCUAUUUUAAAUCUUUCCUCUCUCACCUUAAACCUACGCCCUCUAGUUUUGGAUUCCUCAACCCUGGGGUAAAUUCCUUGACUAUUCACCCGUACCCAUGCCUGUCAUGAUUUGAUGAACCUCUAUGAAGUCACCCCUCAGCCUAAUGAUUUGAGAAACAAAUGUUGGCCAGGAUGCAAAGGGCAAUUCCUCUGAUCACCAAAUGAGCUAUGUUUAAUAUGAAUUUUAAUGGCCAAAUUCUGCAGCACUUCUGUCAAAAGAAUAAUUGGGCCUGAGGAAAGUUCAGAACAUCUUGCCAAAAGUAUGUCUUUAUCUUCUUGAUCCUAUGAUAAAGAAACAGAUUCACACACCAUCAAGACAACAUUAACAACUGCAAACACAAUAAGGGAAGUAUUGGACACCUGGCCUCUCAAUUCAGUAGUAUUCGGUACGAUCAUGGAUAAUCUUCUGCCUCGGUUCUGUUCUCCACCGUGACCCUUAAUAAUAUUCCUUGAUUCCCUCAGUGUCCAAAAAUCUGUCAAUCUUAAACUUGGACGUCUACACUUUACUGUGACAGGGAAUGUCAUAGAUUUGUAAUGCUCUCAGUAAAUAAUCUUGUCUUCUGAUCUGCGCUGUCCAUUCUCAGUCCUCAAUAAAUGACCUUUUAAUCUAAGACUGUGACCCAUUGUUCUACACCACCCAGCCAGCAGGAAUAUUUCAAUAUCUUGUCCAUCAAGCUCUCUUUUUUUUCUUUCAGUAUGAUUGCCUCUAUAUCUUUCAAACACCAGAGUCUAUCGGACCAUUCUACCUUACAGCUGGAUUUAAUUUUUCCCCCACCAAUGAGUUUGUAAGCACUGGGGAGUACAUUAUUCACCUACCCUCAGUGAUAAUUUCAAUGACAAGGAUAAUAGAAAGUUCCCCACCUACCAGUGACCAAUUGGAGCCUUAAAUGGGCAAUUUAUGUCCGUUCAAGGACUUCAGAUGCCAACUGAAUUUUAAUUAAUGAGCCUCCAAUGGGUCCAGGUGGCAACAGGGUUAGAGUCAGGGAGCAAUGCCCAUCUGCUGAGAUGUAACUCCACUGACUGAAGGUUUCCUUCCCCGUCCCCCGUACCCCCCAACCCGAGGGCCUCUCAAAUCUCAGUUGUAUCCCCUCUCCUCCAAUAUGUGAGGCAGCAAUGACUGCGGUGGAGCCCGACUGAGUAAUAACAACUGCCCAUGUACAGGGCUCCAAUGUCACAGAUCUCUUCUGCCAACACCGCCUACCCCAUCCAUCCUCUCUCUCCGUUUUCACUAAGGGGUCACAACAGUUUUCAAGUGUCCAAAUGAUCUCAUAGUGGGAAGAUGUUCGGGAAUCUCUGGCCUAAGCUUUAGAACAUUGACUAAUCUUUUCUGAUUUAAAAAAAAUUCUGCUUUUCUUUCUUCGAACCAACACGGAAAAUGUCACAUUUCACCAUAUUAUACCUUGCACACAGACGCUCAUGCUCACCUGUCUAUAUUUGGCAGUAGCCUCUUUGUGUUUCCCUACAGUUUAUUCCCAUUUAAUGCAAACAUUAUCCACUUAUUCCUACUAUAUUGUGUCAAGGAGCCAAUUCUCAAUCUAAGCAGAUAUUAUUGGCCCAAUUAUAUGAUAGAUUCAUAAAAUCUUACAAUACAGAAGGAGGCCAUUCAGCCCACUUUGACUGUACUGGCUCCUGAAAUAACUACCCAGCUCUGCAAUCUUGUGUAACAAACUUUGUACAGGACCUUGGACUCCAGUACCAUUAGCUCUUUUUAAUGUAACCCAUUCAAGAAUAUAAUGUGAUCCAAAAAAUGACUUUGUUCAGAAAAAUGACCUAACAGUCCGAAAAACUGUCAUCUCAGGAGUUCUGCAGCACAUAAUAUUUGGGAAAUAAUUUCACAUUUAUUCCAAAGUGGCAAAACUGCUGGAAAUUCCUUCUUUUGUCAGUUACAUGGAGGGAUCAGGCUAUAUUAGUGAGUGAAGUGGCCGUAUAAUCCAAUAGUGGUUGCAAAUGACUGAGGAAUUUUGAAUGUAGUCCUGAUUCAGCUUUGUACACAAAUUUCCUCAGAGGAAAGGGGAGCUCAGCCCCUCCCUCAUAAGCUCUGACUGUCUAUUAAUAGCAAGUCAUUGCAAGGAAUGUUCUGAAACACUGAAGAAUUGAAAUUUUCUCUGAUGUUGUUGGGAUGUGUCGUUAUGAAAGCUUAAAAUUGCCUUGGUAAACAGGAAAUGAAAACGUCAAAACAUUUUACUGGCUACAUUUAGUAAUUAUCACAUGUAACAUUUUCACAUGGAAUCAGAGAUUCUCGACAUUUGGAGCAAUCCAUCAUGUCAAACUUGCAGAGAUAAAGGGAACUGCAGAUGCUGGAGAAUCCAAGAUAACAAAGUGUGGAGCUGGAUGAACACAGCAGGCCAAGCAGCAUCUCAGGAGCACAAAAGCUGACGUUUCGGGCCUAGACCCUUCAUCAGAGAGGGGGAUGGGGAGAGGGU